GAAUCGUGUACUCAUCAAAUGCAUAACUAUUAUGCGUCUGAUAACAUUCUGCAUGUGCGUGAAAGAAAUGUCAGAAAAUAAAAUAGUAGAUAGAUACGUAAUUUGUAGCUGUUUUGACAAUGUGAUGCCCAACGAGGGUAAGAAGUAAUUCUUCAAUUACGAGUGCAGUGAACAAAGUAUCAAUUUUGUGGUAAUGAAACGAACAAAAGUAUAGUGUCGGUUUCCAGUUUUUGACAGCCGGCAGGCUCGUCGUGUGGCUUUCGAUCGGGCUCCAAUAAAAAUGAACAGUCGCAGUAGCGUAAAUGAAACGAAUUUGGUGAAUUUCUCAGCGGAUUUGGCGCUUAGUCAGUUAGAUUCCAAGGACGGCUUGCUGAGUUUUCCAUUUGACCACAUUUAUGCAUGUCACUCAGAGAGUUCCGAUCGCAGACAAACGCUACAACUGGACAAGGAGGUGGAGAUAUCCACGCAUUGUGUGGUGGGCGAGGAGAAGGAAGUUGUACUGAGCUCAAGCACAGAACUUAGCAGGAUUACAGAUCGACUUAGAACCUUAGAGACACAAAACAAGAAAUUAAAAGAUCUUCUUGUAUAUCAUCUAGAUUUGAUCCAACAACAAAAUGAGCUGAUAACUAAAAGGGAGAAGCUAUAUCAAGCACUAAAACAGGAAAAUGAUUUUCUUAAAGCAAAAGUGUCCCGUACAGAAAGAAGAGUCACAUUAAAUCAGAGGACAUUUGUGACCCCUCCAACACCUUUGGUACAUGUGCCAAGUAGUAGCGUUACGUCUACAGUUGUCAAGAGUGAACCAGGACCUGCCUCGCAGAUAAUGCUGAAUAGUUUUACAGAGCUGCUCUUGCCAGAUAGAUCUAACUCAUACAUUUUCGAUAGUGACCUAAACAAAAAGCCUUUUGGUCAGGACACAUUUGAUUUAGCUGGAACAACUGAGACAGAUGUGUCAAGUCAUUUGUCUAGUGAUCUGGGGAUACCAUCGCUUUUAGACAGGAAUUUAAACUGUGACAAUUUCACAAUGAUUGAAAAUAAACGUUCAUAUAUGAAGAAAGAUACCAUGAAGACUGAUAACUGUUCGGAAGCUUUGUACACGGUUACAUCAAAUAGUGGAAAUCCUGUGAUCCAAAGAAUACAAAGAAAUAGGCGGAGAACUACUACAUCGCUUGGCAGUUUAAGCCGAAUGUCAAAACCGGCAGUAACAAAGUUGGAUAUCCCUGACAGCUCGAAAAUAUUUGAUGAUGAUAAGAGCGUAUAUGAUCGAUUCAGUGUCAAUAGAAAAUCAAAAAUGAUAAACACCUAUGGCAAAUCCAGGAGCAGUUUUAAUACAAAACGAACUACGCAAUUCACAGGCUCACUGUCAGAUAGAUUGCAGUUGAUAGAUACUACACCCACGGGGGAGGAUCCAUACCAGUUAGGUGAAGCUGACAUGAGAGAACAAUCGCCAAUCCCUAAGUUGAUGCUGCAGAAAACUAAUCACGGGAGGAUGAAAAUAUGCACUGAGACUUCUGAAAGUGCUAAUACGGCAAGGCGAAUCCUUAAUUCCAUGGCAGAUACAGGCCCAAAACUAUCAAAUAAGAUAAAAUUGUCGACAAGUCAUCAUGAUAGGUAUAACUUGACAAAUCCGUAUAUGCACCCAUCCGAGAUUAAAACGGAAUCACCACCGCCGCCGAAGACUAUGAUUGUUGAAGAACCUGACUUGGACAUUGUGAAGACGGAAACUGAAAUUGAUUGGAGAAUGUAUAAUCCAAAUAAACCGGGGAAUGAGACAAGCUUAUGCGAUUUUUCUUACGGCGAAACACCAAGCAAUUUGGCUAGUAAUAUAUUGCCUACUUUGGAUGCUGUGGAAUUUCAAGACCUAUUUUCAUCUGAUUCUUCGAUAAAUUUGGGACCUUUGACCACGGAGGAAUUUGGAAUAUCAUCAGAUACCAGCACACUCGAUAAAUCUAAAAAACGAGUAGCGCGCACGUCUAGUCUAAUCGGACCUCACUUUGGGGGAAUAAGACCUCACUUUGGGGGAGAUGAUACUGCAGAUAUCAAACAUGUAGACGACAGCAAACGUGGUAGAAAACGUGCGCUUUCAACUACGGGUCUACUGAAAACUUUAAAAUCGAACUGUCAGAAAGGAGGAGUGUCCAAACCAAAACAGACUAAAGGGAAAGCUACAUGCCGCGGGAAAAAGUCUCCUCUUCCAGGAAUGGUAACCAAAAAGCCAUAUCACACUUUGGUGGGCGACCCAGAUUUGUCUUGGUACCUAGGUCUAGAUCCUGACGUCAAAAUGGAAGACAUGGAAUCGGCAGGCGUUUGUAAAGUUUCCACGGUGGAGGUACCGCGUUGGCGAGAAAAACCUUACUCGAGUUGUUACACGCUUGAAGGAACAGAAAAUUUAGAUGAUAAAAUAUUUGAAAAGAGGCAUCAGAAAUUGGAGGCUGAAGAACGAAGGCAACUCAGGUGGCAUAUGCGAAGAAUUCGCGAGCAGCGACACGUUGAACGGCUACGACAGCGGCAGCGCGACACGUGGUAUAGCGGCGGUAAUUCGCCGGCGCACUCACAGCCCUCCAUAUUCACCGUUUGGCCGCAACCGCAGCGUGACGUGCGCUUUAUCGAGAUUACCGACGUAUUGCCUGUCACAGCUUUCGGCGAAAUUUUACCCGCGUUGCCAGAAUCGGACUUCGUGCUGCCUUGGGUGAGGAGUUCAAAAGCCAUGAAGAGAUCUAAGAGAUCAAAGACAUUGCAUUAGAGUUUUCAAUUUAUUAUUAAGCUUGCGGUUAUUGUUAUAGAAUUUUUCGCUUUACAUGUACUAAAUUAAGGAUUACAAAGGGUUUGAGUGAUGGAUAUUAGGAAAACAUAGACAGUGAAUUGUGUUUAUUAUUUUUAAUUAAGGUAAUUAAUUAACUUUAAUGGAAUUGUAUCACGAAAAAGCUUGUUUACAGUAUGUGUUGUUUCGUUUAGUGUAAAAUUGUUUGUAUCUGCACUAUAAUAAAACUGAUUUUUACU